CUUCUGAUAGUACCCAUGCUAACCGUUUUUUUUUCGAUCAAAGAUCAAGAUUGCGAUAUUAAAGUUCGCCGUAGCCAUUUUUUUUCGAAUUUUUGGUUGCAGAGCUCGCACAAAAGUACGGAAAGUGUUACUGAAUCAAUUAGGGAGCCUGUGGUCGUGCAACUCUAUAGAUUUUAGGGAUUGCUCUAGCAGGCAGUGUAUCAGUAUCUUUCGACGACCUUGAAGUCAUCAAGCUAUAAUUAUUCCGUGGUGCACGUGCAUAAGUACGACCUGCACUACAGAAUCUGAUCUCUUCACAGGGAACUUUUACCCUGCAGUUUUAACUUUAGCAUUCACCUCUAACACCUCUAUGACCAAAUCUAGUUGAAGUUUCGUCGGCUGCACUUUCCUGCCUUGGGAACAAGCACACUAAGUAGCGGAGGAGACGAUUACGCAAAGAACGACUACACUGUGGCUAUUCGGGUGGCAAACUCUGAACUGAGUUUUCCUUUUCUGCAAGCGAGGUAGAGAUGAAACGUUUUAUUUUCAUUUCCAUCAAUGUGAUAAACAUAAAUGCUUUCUACAAUUGCCGUCCUGAUGCCUGAUUUGCCUGCAUAACGGUUGCCGUCUGUAGUUCAUCGGCAAUAAUCAAACUGCAGGUACACACUUCAGAUUUCCCGAAUCGCUACAAGCAACCGGAAUGUCUUUUUCGAAAGCGAUCCCGAAAUUCGGGGCGAUCCCGAAAUCGGCCGGGAUCAAUGCGGCGGUAAAAACGAACGAGCUUUUGAACGCCGCCCCCUCCCAACCCGACAUCACGGGCGCCUGGGGCUACGACGAGAAUGCGCCGAUCAACACCGAGAUAAAGAUCGGGUACCGCGGCGUCGCCUACACGUUACCGAAAAAGAAAAAUUAUCAAGACGGUACUAGUGCGAACGAUAAUACCAGUCCGAAGAAGGAGGAUCAUGAUGCGCAAGAACCACCCCAGCCGGAACAACCCGGUCCUUCGGGGGAGCAAGCUGGCGAACAGGGCGAGGGGCAGUCCCCGGUGGCAGUAGGCGCCGACGGGGGUGCGGACGCGGAAUCUCCGAAUGGUGCGAAUGCCGCCGUGGUUCCCCCGGCGCAACUAUCAAAUGCAAAUGUGUCUGGGUCUGGGAGGAUGCGAGGUUUGCCAUGCUUGUCUGGCAUGACUGAAGAGUUUGUGAUGCGUGCCCCAGAAGAGACCCUUUUGCUUCUUACGCAAAAACGUUGUUUGUCAUGCGGAAAGCGUAACACUAAGCAGCGCAGAUAUUUCUCAUGCUUGGCUGUGCAUUACAGAGCACUGACUAUUCCCAACCCAGCAUUACAAGUUUCCAGACCCAGACAUAUUUGCAGUUGAUAGCAACCGGCGACCGACAACAGUUUCGCGGGGCGGUUCGGCGCCGCGCGCUUCCUGCAGCCGUUGCCCAGUGCGGGAAGCAUUCCGCCACCGGGUGCGUCGUCGGGCACUGCUGCGAUUCCCGGCUUGGGGAUCAAGCCGGCGGGACAGGGGUUGGGACCCCCGGCGGUGGAAAUGGACCACUGGAAUCACCUGUACAACGACGAUUUCCGGCCCGAGAUGAAGGGAAAGAAGGGCAAGGGCAAGAAGGGGAAAAAGGACGGCGACAAGUCCUGGGUGCCCUUUCACGAACAGGAUCAUCAAGACGGGUCGUGGGUCUGGGUCGGCGGCCUCCCGCACGCGGUCACGGACGAGCAGCUGUGGACGUUGUUCAACACGGUUGGGGAAGUGACGGAAGUGGAUGUGAAGCGCAACCGCGCCCCGCGGGACCCCACGUGGACCAACAACCCGCCCUACGCUUUCGUCAAGUUCGCCACGAAAGAGGAGGCGGAGUGUGCGAUUACGGAGUUGAGCGGCGAUACCUCCCUGGGAAACGAGAUCAAAGUCAACCCCUCCGUAGCCUCGGCAAACAUAGUAUCGUAUCCGUAGACCACUAUUUGUACUAAAGCGAGGAUCAUGAUGCAGUAGUUUGUUGUGCUGUGCAACGUGUGAGUAAAAGUUCGUGUACGACACAAGUAGUGUGGUCGUUUCAAAGAAAUCGGAAGAUCAGCAUCAUCCUCACAGCCCUGUCGUGAAGAUGUGAAAAUUCACACAAGAAAAACCACGUAUACGAUACCACCACCCAAAUUUUCGCAAUUCAUAGGCCGCCCACGGAAAGCUGGAGACCAAGAACGAUUUCUCCACUGUGAAGGGCGCAGGGAAAGAAGGAAAGGCGCACUUCCGGAAGGGCGCGGGGGCGCUGUUUGUCUGGAACAGCGGCCGGAGCGGGUACGACGAGCAGACUGCGACGGUGAAUACGAACUCUCGGGACAAGGUGAGAAGCAUCGCGGACCUCGGUCGGGACAUCGGCACGCGGGACAAGGUAUCCUGUGCAAAAGUAUCGUACUCGUAGUAAUUGCGUUUAUGCAUGAUUAAUAUCUUUCUCAGGGUGAAUCAGCAUCACAAAUUUAAUUUGUAAUGCUGGGCUAAUUUGUAAUGCAAUUUAUACUACUUUUGCAAUGCAUACAAGGAUGGCGGAGGCAGGUUGGAUAAAGACCGGAGCCGGGACCGGCGGGACCGCGACCGUGACCGCGACCGUGACUACGGUCGGGACCGCGACCGCGAUCGCCGCGGCGGCGGUGACCGAGACCGAUACCGGGACGACAAAUACGGCCGCGGCCGGGACCGGUCGCGCGAUCGCGACCGGGGUGCAGCUGCUCGAAAGGCCGACUCGCGGGGGAGAAAGGACGACAAGAGGAAGCCGACUGUAGUAUCCAAGGCCGCGGGGGGUGACGCCUCCGACAGCGGCUCCGAAGUGAUCAUUGCCCGCCCGGGGGCCGCCGCCGCGGCAGCCGCCGCUACGAAGUUCGAGAAAAACGAGUGGGGCGGUGAGAAGGAGGAUAAUAAGAUGGAUGUGGAAGACGGAAACGAAGAAAAUAAACCCGCUGCGGGUGGUGCUGGUGCUCCUACAACCGAAGCUGAUGGUGAUGCUGCGAUGAAAGAUGUUGGAGAUGAAGAUGGCGGCGCUGCGGGUCCUCCUGGUCCUCCUCCUCCUGCCGCCGGCGCAUCCGGUCCGAAGGAACAAGAAGAAACCGAUAGUAACGAGAAGCAGGAGAAAAAUCUCGACGAGGCGGCGAUGGCCGUUGCGGCUUUGAUGGCAGCCCGCGAUAACAAGAAGGAUCAGUCGAAAGACUAUAGCGAAGAACAGCAGGUAAAGGUAUCGGAUAAAAAACCAGCAGCUUCUUCCGCUGAAAAAGUUGUAGACAAAUUUGAUGAUAAGAAAGCUCCUCGUGAUCGUUCGCGGUCCCGCGAUCGGAAGCAAGACAUGAUGAAGAAGGACGAUUCCCGCGGGCGCGAUGCGGGUAAGAUGAAACCAGCGGCUAAGAGGGACGAUUCCCGCGGGCGUAAUGCAGCGAAGAAUAAACCAGCGGCCAAGAAAGGCGAUUCGCGUGGGCGCGGCGGUGCAAAAGUACCCGCGAGGAAGGAAGACAAAGACUCCCGCGAGCGUCGCGGUGGACCGGCUUCUAAGCCUGCUCCAAAAAAGAACGAUUCCCGUGGACGCACGACCGCCCCGAAAGAACCGGCUCCUACUUCCAAAAAGAACAAUUCUCGCGCACGGUACACCGCGAAAAUUCCCGUCAAGAAGGACGAUUCUCGCGGACGCGCGCCUGCUGCGGCCAAAGCGAAGAAAGAUUCCCGCGGACGCGGUGCUGCACUUCCUAGCAAAUCCAUGGCGAACGGAAAUCGUGCCGACAGCUAUCGUGCGGAAAGCUACAACAAAACUAGCACGGUGAACAAUAAACGCACGGACAGUAAAGCCCGCGCAGCUCCUGCUGCUUCUACCCGGAAUGCGCUGGACGUUGAUAGCAAGUACAAAAAACGAGACGACGACUACAAGAAGUCUUCCCGGCGCGGUGACUAUGAUUACAAAGACGACUACAGCAAAAAACCAACAACUCGGGGUUCGGAUCGGGAUAAAGAUUUUUACGAUGAUUACAAGAAAGACGAUUACAACAAAAAAUCAGCUCGCGGCACAACUACCGGCAGGGGUGAUUCCAAGCCGAAGCGUCUGGCGGAUGAUGACUACGACAAACCGCGGGGGGGUGGACGUGGUGACCACUACGAUGACUACAAGAAGUCGGAUGAUAAGUACACAUCGACCAAGAACAAGCGCGAUGACGACUACAAGGGACGGGGAGGUGAUUCGGGAUACAACGAUAAGUACAACGAUUCUAAGUACGAUUCCAAGUACGAUUCGAAGUACAACGACUCCAAGUACACCGGUUCCAAGUACAACGAUUCGAAGCAUGAUUCGAAAUACGACGACCGGGAACGGGCCCGGGACACGACCCGCACGCGGUAUCGCGACAGCUACGAGGGAAAUCACCGGGCCGAGGAAGCCGACCGUUAUGAUACCAGGAACUGCAGAUAGCAGUGAUGAACCACAUUGUAUCCGUAGCACUUUUAACUACCUGAAAAUUAAUAAACCACGUAAGUGUAUAAGACUAAAAACGCUUUAGAAUUACCCCUCCCACACAAAUAACAUAACUACCCAGCCCAUGCCUUGCUUAUGAACGCAAGAAGAUCUAAAAUUUGAAGCUGCGCCGCCUGCUGCUCGCCCCAGUUGUGUAGAUAGACAACUUUUUUGAAAGUGUAACUACGAAUUGGAAAUGAAUCAUAAUGAGGAACAGCCGUUUUAUACUUUAACCUGAACAGAAAUAUAAGGUUUUCAACACGCCCCUGUCGUAAGUACUAGCAGUCUUUAGUUUCCUCGUUUUGCUUUUGUGUACGAGGAAGAUGUGUCAUAGAAGAGGUAGAGAUACGAGUCAGGUCGGUAGAGAACCCUUUCCCUUCGGUCGCGGGCAUGCUGUGUUGACAAAACAAAGACCAUACUCCAGAGCUGCAGCUCUUGCUCUAACUCUGGAUUAUCUUCCGCUUAAUAUUGCAUGUGGUUCACCAUCGUGUAAGUUUAAGUAGCCAUUCGCUCCGUGUUGGCACGACGGGAAAAGGCAAGAACACGACGGUCAAGGUCCAGGUCGACAACCUGCCGGCGGACAUGAGUGACGGCGAGUUGCGCAUGCUGGGAGAGAAGGUGAUGGUGAGUCCGGAAAAGCUAUGCUCUGCAAAAGUAUCGUACUCGUAUAGUAGUACUACAUUGCGGUGAUGCAUGACAAAUGCCUUCUCCAAUCUGAAUCAGCAUUACAAGUUUCUUGUUGCCGAAAUUUGUGAUGCUAUCUAUGCUACAACUACUACUACGAUGCUACUUUUGCAAUGCAUAAAAGCUGGUCUCCACGGAAAUUUUCCCCGACGACGAAAACGACGACGUAACCUGCGGGUUGCUGAUGAUCGCGGACGAGGCCGCUGCGGCGGAGGUGGUGCGCCGCAUGAACGGAAAACGAUUCCCGAAGUCGACGGACUCCGGAUCCGAGCAGAAGCGGUUGCGGGUGUAUUUUCCGAAAGCGUGACGAGGAGGGUCUGGAAGGCGAAAGAUCAUGGUGCUUAGAAGAUGAUCUGCCAGGGCAAGCAAUAGGAUUCGGAUUGAAACGAUGACUAGAAACACUUCUUGGACAACUUCUCUUCGAUAUAAACGAAGUAGAUUUUGUGGUUAUUAGACAACAGCGACAGCCAGACCUACAACCGGGGCUGCACACCACCAAAAGCUGCCCUUAGGUCUUUCCUUAUGGAAGAUGAUUUUCAAAAUUCACAUUGCGAUCGAAGGAGAAACAGAUGACUUUUUGAAGAAGAGCAACGUUUUGCUAUACAACAGCGACACUUCUUUUUCAUUCUUUGUACCCGCGUCUGGGAAUACAGCAGGCUAGAGUUGCACACGCUGGAUUUUAGUACCCCUUUCGGAAAAUAAAGUCAAACAACUGGAUGAGACUUCUAAUAGACUUCUAGCGAGUUGUCCUUAGUAGCUGUAGACCGAAAUUACGGAUUUGAGUUAAUUUCCGGAAGAUGCAUUUACUUAGCCGACAACCAGAGUCAGAAGCUUGGACAAAGGAGUAUCAAUUAUACAUUUCAACCACUUGUCCUCUCAGGUACCGG